AUGACGGCCCUGGCCCGUGGUCGGGAAGCGGAGUCGCAAGAUGGACGACGCCAGCUUUCCCUGGUUUCAGAUUCGCCGCCUAACCUGCCGCGGCGGCUCCCGCCUUCCUGGCAACCAUGGACUACGGAGGAGGACGCGGUGCUGCUGCGGCACGCGCUGAGGCACGGCACGCGGCAGUGGGGGCGGCUGGUGCGAGGCAAGCAGCUCCUGCGCGGCAACAAGGCGUGCUGCAACCGUUUCCUCUUCCUCAAAAAGAAGUUUACCCAGAAGCCCACUGAUGCCACAUUGCCAGCUCAGCAACAGUUCCAGCAAGGCCCAUCCGUCUCCACUUCCUCCAGCCAACCACAGCGACACAUGUGUAGCCGUCCUGAUGUGGCGUUGCAAUAUGGCGGGCUGUCAUUGGUCGAGUGCAUGCAGCUGUUCCUCCCCGCUGGUAUUCGAGACAUCGUGGUCCCACCUGCUGUUUCACCUGACCAUGCACCUGAGUUCAAUCCAGCACCUGCUGAGGCUAUCCUCGCGGAUCCGGAGCAGUUUGUACCGAGCAUGGGACGCCUAGGGAGAGAGAAUGCAGUAGCAGCAGCAGCAGUAACAGCAGCAGCAGCAGCAAUAGCAGCAGCAGCACCAGCAGCAGCAGCAGCAUCAGGACAAGUAGGAGAAGGAGCAACAGGAGCUCAGCAGCGCACAGCAUCAGUGGCAGAUCGCCAGCUGGCUCACAUUCUGUUUCCGGAAUUACGAGCCACAGAUGUAUGCACCAUGAACCCCAUGAAUCGGGGGAUGAAGAGGCUUCGCAAUGUCAACACAGGAUUCAGCAGCGGCGGCGCUCACACCGGCACGUGUGAAGGCCUGUCGGCUGUGCAGCUUCAAAACAUUGAAGUUGGUGAUGCCUUGGCUGAGCGCUCGCUGCUUCUGCAGGCCGCUGACAGCCGGACCUGCCAGCGGAAUUGCGGGAAUAG